AUGCACAUGCUGGCGGUUGCUGGGCAACUGGCUGCACGCGGUGGCGACACCAGUAUUCACAACAAACGACAUUCUCUUCCAGAUACGCCACAACCCGGGACGCCUGGCCAGGCUGCGACACCAUGCGACGAGGCAGUCGACGACAUCGGCCUGGACGAUGUGAAUGCUCUGACUGAGAAAGACGACGGUGGAGACACUGCUGAAGCAGCAGGACCCGCCAAUUCAGGCUCGGACUCGUCCACUCCCCGGCCAACGCAGCCCGGCACACUGAAAGCCAGCAUCCCAGAAGCUAUCAUCUGCCCUCUCCCCUGGUCGAUACUCUCCAUGUUCCCCCACACAAGCGACAUCCCCUCCCUCGCACCCCUCGACGACGACGAAGCCGUGGAAGACACUGAACUAGGCCAAACCAACAACUCCUGGCUCUUCGCCCGCCUCGUCAAACGACAAACGCACCCGCGACAUGACGGCCGACCAAAAAGAAUGUUCCGGGAGAGGUGCGGAUUGGGUGUCAUUUCCGACCACCGGUCCAAGGACGACGUGCUGGAGAUGUUGGGGUUCUUGACGGGCGAGAGGGUGCGGGUCCUGACGGAAAAGGCAUUGGCAGAUAAGGAGCAGGAGAAAGGAAGUUGAGGUGUGAGGUUACCCCGGGGGGAAGGGGCAUCAAGAGAAAGCUUGAGGGGGAAGGGCCGUUUGCGGUGAGGGACGGCAGAGCAGGAAAAGGGGAGGGAGGAGACAGAGACUGCACGAGUGCCCAACAGUCCAAUCCAGCCGCGACAUGUAAGUCGGGCGUUUGAACUGCUGCAGACUCUCCCAAAGAGCUACACGACCAUGUACAAUGGGACGCGGUUGAGGCAGCGGAAUGGGCUCGGGAUCUUCUCAGUCGAAGAAAGAGGAAAGGUUUAUCAAAUGGCGGCAGAGUUGAACUCAGCCGUAAGGAGUAAAGCAUUACAUUUCCUGGUACCCGCCAGCCUUGCGCAGAGGGUACUACCUCUCGUGAUAUGACUUGAGCCGACG